AUGUCUGAGCGACCAAAGAGAAGCUCAGUAAGCCGAACGGCAGUGCGGCCUGCCAAGAACUCCACAUCGAUACUAGACGAGGAAUCCAAGCGCCUCAAGCAGUUAUAUCCCACACAAUUGGUGACUCUCAAGGAGUUGUUCCCUGACUGGAAGGACGAUGACCUGCUGACGGUCCUGUCGGACACAGACGGCGAUCUCGAAAACGCCAUCAUUCGCAUUGCCGACGGCCACGCCCAACAGUGGGGUGAGGUCAAGAAGAAGGUGCCCAAGGAGAAACCGGCACCUGCACCAGCAGCAGCACCCACCCCGGCGGUGGCCCAGCAACAUUCCACAUCGCAGCAGCAGUCUGUUUCCACUUCACAAAAGAUGCCUCCCAAGGGCCCACGAGCGGACCGAUCCGCCAAGGUUGGAGGCACCUCUGCUGCUGGCGCCAAGCGAGCCCCCACCGCCGCUGCCGCUGCCUCCAAGCGUGCCCCUGUGGCCGCUGCCAUUCCCACAAAACCCGUUGCCGCCCCUCCUGCCGCUGUCGCCGGUGCCGCUAGUGCAGCUAGCACCGAGCACAGAGCUCCCAAGGCUGGCUCCUGGGCCAGCCACGUCGGCGUCGUCGACAGCCAGAAGGAGUCCCACGGUACCCAUGGUGCCUCUUCCGCCGCUACCGCCGCUGCCGCUGCCGCUCCUGUCUCCGUCUCUGCAUCCACCGAGUCUGCCCCUUCAGCCGACGUCGGUUCUUCCGCCGCCGCUCCUGCCCCUGCUGCCCAAGCCAGCAGCGCCCCCGUCGCCGUCCACCCCGCUCCUUCUUCUGCACCCGCCAAGAAGUCCUGGGCGGCCAUUGCAACCCCCAAGGCUGCGCCCAAGCCCGUGGCCCCCACCCCUGCUGCCCAGGCCGCUCCCUCUUCUUCCACAGAUGCCCCCGCCGUCCAGGCCGCCCAGGUGGCCGUUCUGGAGCAGCAGGCCGAGCAGGAGGCCGAGCAGUCCGCAGCCGCUGAGCAGGCCGCUGCCCCCGCCGACGCUCCCGAGGCAGUGCAGGCCGCCGAUGUUGCGGUCGAGGAGGCUUCUGGCGAGUUUGACGAAGUCCCCAAGGGUCCUCCCGGCCUGGACAAGUCUGUUGGAGGCAACCGAAACCUCCCCCGACGGCUCAACCAGAACGAGGCCGUUGUUCUGCCCCAGGGUGCCGCCCAGGUGGACCAGGUCGGCGUGCAGUUUGGCUCGCUGAACCUCGGCGGAGAGGCUUCCGCUACCCAGGUCGCCCAGACUGCCGCCAAGGACGAGGCUCACCAGCCCCCCGCUGAGGCUCCCACUCAGCCCAAGGCCGAGGCCGAGGCCGCCGCCGCCGCCGCCGCCGCCGCUACCCAGCAGCAGCAGCAGCAGCAGCAGCAGCCCCCCACUGCUCCCGCUGCCGAGGACCAGCAGCAACAGGAGCACCCCGACUAUUACCAGCAGCAGCCCUACGGCUACAACCCCGCGUACCGGUACCAGCAGCAGCCCGGCCAGAAGCAGGGCUACGAGCAGCAGCAGCAGCAGCAGUUUGCCCACUACUCGUACCCCGGCCAGUCUCAGGUCGGCUUCAACUCCGGAUUCGGAGCUCCCGACAUGUUUGCCGGAACCGAUAUGCAUCGAGGAUUCUACCCCUACCAGCAGGGACAGCAGGGUGGUGCCCAGCAGGGCCAGACCGCUCAGCAGGGUGCCCAGGGUGGCGCCCAGGGUGGCGCUCAGCAGAGCCAGGGCGACUACCGAUCUCCGUUUGAGAACGGCACCCCCUCCGCUCCCUACAAUGACAAGCUGUACUCUUCCAUCUCUGGUCAGCAGUCCAACACCGCAUCUCCCGCCGGCGUUGCUGCCACCCCUGUCCAGCCCGGAGGCCAGGGCCAGCAGCCCCCUCAGCAGGGUCAACCUAUGCCCUACGGUGCCUACCAGUACCCUUACUACGGUAACAUGUACUACAACUACCCGUUUGCCGGUUUCAACCAGGGCCCUCAGGGCUACAACUCCCCUUCGCAGCAGAAGGGUUACUACCAGCAGCAGGGCUUCUAUAACCAGCCAGGCGUGCCCCAGCAGGGAGGUGCUCAGGGCCAGCAGCACGCACAGAUGCAGGGCGGUGCUUCCGGCGCGGAGUCGACCCCCAACCAGGGCUCGGCCACCCCUGCCGCCGCUAAGGACGAUGCUGCUGACUACGUGCAGUCCAACGCGUUUGGUGGCAACAUGCCCCAGGGCGGCUACAACUACGGACAGUAUUAUUCGCAGUACAGCCAGCAGCCUAACUCUCGACCUGCUUGGCAGUAG